AUGCCCCCUACAACUGGAUCUCCCCAAGACCAGAGGAGAAGUGAUAUAGAGCAAUUUUAUGAGAUUUCAAAUGGUGAAGUCCCCAUGAUCCCCUGCUCUCCAGAACAUUCAGAGCACCCAUCAGAUGUGGAAGAGAGAUUAGCGUUCUCCAAAUGUAGAGAUCCACUGCAGAAAAAGCAGAGGAGGAGAAAUCGUUCAAAACCCAAAAGUGAAAUAACAGUUACUAAACAAAAGAAGAAUCGGAGAAAUAAGGCGAAUGACAGAGAGAGAAACAGGAUGCACAACCUUAACUCUGCCCUUGACGCAUUGCGAAGUGUCUUACCAAGCUUCCCAGAUGAUGCCAAGCUCACGAAGAUUGAAACACUGAGGUUUGCUCAUAAUUAUAUCUGGGCCCUUUCGGAAACACUACGAAUAGCUGACCACAGCCUGCACAGCCUUGGGCACGAGAUGGCACACUCACUCCAAAAGCUGCCCAAGAACUGUCUAAUGGUGGAGCUGACCAGUCCCAGCAGUACCUGCAGUUCCUCCAGUGAGUGGGAUUCAAUGUACUCCCAAGACUCACAGAGCAGCUUCAGCCCAACAGAAUCCAUAGAUGAAGUGUACCAUCCCUCCCCCUGUCUGAGACACAUCUCAUUCCCAAACUUCAUAUGA